CUUUAUUUCGCCCCCUAUGUCCUCGAAAAAUCAUGCUGGGCUUGGAUAAUUGAACACCCCCAGUGUCGUCUGCAUUUGUUCCAUCAAAUGUAGACCCGCGUGGGCGAGACUCCAACUAACUACUACUACUACCAUCGACCAUGGAGGAGGAUGUCCGGUUGCCCACCUCAGAGCGGCUUGGCGGCCCCCAUCUUGAUCCCGAUCAGUGUCCCUCGACCACUUGCUCCCUUAAGCUGCAUCAGGAGCUCCCGAAAAGCACGCGACCGCGUUUGGAGAAGCAGGCCUUGUCACCAUUUGCUCGUUUGCCUCGUACCGUCAUCGAGCAUAUCCUAUAUGUUGCGGAUGCCAACACAUUUGCGUCGCUAACACUGCUGAAUCGAAAAUGGCGACGCAUAUCGGACUCAACCAUUUUGUAUGCGCACCAUCUCUUCCAAUGCCCGUCCUUUGCCUUGACGCAGAAGGCUACUGAGCAGCCCGCUCACUCAAGUGAUCUUAUACUGCUCAAGCGGCAGUUCGGCGCGCAGGUCAGGCGGAAUGCAUUCGAUGCUUUUCUCCGGCCCCGCAGGACUCUCAUCAAGCUUACUUCGACUUCCAUGAGCUCCUCGACGGCCUUCCCGCAAGGUGAAGCAUUUCGCUUUUCUUUCUCUCCAAAUGCACAACUUAUCCUGUGCAUCAGCUCUUCCAGAAUUGUGGUUCUCGAUGUAACCGCGGAUCUGGCGGUCGUGAAACACGAGCUCAAGACUUGGCGACGGCCUUUGAACGCUGCCAUUGUUGAUGAUGGCUCCAUUCUCGCUGUGGUGUCCUCUACUCAUCGGGUCAAUAUCUACCGCCUUACCGAUGAUGAAGCGAAACACAUUCAAGAUUUGACAUUGAACGAUGUUCCUCGGACCCUAGCGCUCUCUCCGACAGGGGGGGUCCUUGCCAUUGCGUACGAUGAUCGGAUCGAGGUCUACGCCAUCGGUGAAGGGGCCCUGGCUACCGAGCGAAGAGCUGUGCGCUGCUCCGGAGUUGACUCGGUGUCGUUUUCCUCUGAUGGUGUCAUGCUACUAGGGACUUCCGCUGAUCGCGGUAAUGGCGGCCUUGUCACUAUAACAGUGCCGUUCUACACAGAAUCAGAAACUGAGUAUUCCCCAAGGGAUGCUCAGAUCCGGAUGUGGACAACACAGAUUUUGUUUCCAGACGUAACCACCGGGCUUAGCCAUGCCUGUUUGCUGCCCUUGCACGCAGAAGGUGAAGGCAAUUGGCUACUAGGGUUUGAUGAACAAAUAAACACGUUUCGAGCAUUCGGGGUGCACAACACGAACUCGGGCACAGCAUAUUUCGUGACUCCGAUGUCUGAGGAUGGGUCCCGGGAGACAUCUCCCAUCAUGCUACCCACUGUUGACGACCUCGGGGAGCUGGCUGCUAUAGGGUUCGAGAGUUCUGGCUUAUGGGUAUAUGGUGUACCUGAUCGUCUGGAUAUUGCUCCUGUAGCUCCCAACGCAAGAACAUAUGCUGAAGUGGAUGCUGAGCAGGGCCCUUCAAUCGAGGAAGCGGCUGCUGCCCGGGAUAGCCUGUCCCGACUCCAGCAGACCAUCACAAAGCCCAAAGUCCUAAUCAAUGGCCAUAAGAUGAGCGUUAUGCCGGGAAUGACAGCAGCUUGCUGGGUACGCCACCCAAGCUGUGUGGCUGGCCGUCGUAGAUUGGUAGCCGUUGCUCCUGGUGGCAUUAGCCCUCCGACGAUCGGCGAAGAAGACGUGCCGGUAGAUGGCGGACGUGUGCUGCUGUUAGACUUCGAACGAUCUGCCACAAAUGGUGACUCGGUUGAAGUCAACAUCGAGGUCGGUGAUGCGGAGCCGAAGAUCCUGAGUGAACCGAACUCUACCAUAGAUACCGAAGUCGAGCUGGAGAGGAGAAGGACGCGAUUACAUCGUGGGAAUACUACUUCGCCUCGGGCACGCGCAUUUGCUCGAGAAUCCUAUCCUUCGGCCAACUCGGUCGUCCACGCACCUCGGCAAAAUGUGCGCAGAAACAGCUCCUUCUUCUCGGGCUCUUCGACUAGCGACAUUCAGCACAUUCCGGAAUCACCGUAUGACAACAGGCAACCUCGAUCUCGGGACACGUUGCGUCGUGCAGCCACGGCCGCGGCUAGUGGUCGGGGACGCUAUAACCCACGCUAUCAAGACGAAGCACGCCCUGUUCAAGGCCAAAGGCCAGCCUCACAGGCUUUCCAGGUCCCUCAUGAGAGCGACGCAGACAAUUGGGUUCCACCGCCACCUCCCUAUUCUAGGGUCCCCGACGCACCGCUUCCCGAUUAUCUCCGAAGGACCCUCCUCCCUUCGCAUACGGAACCGGCCCGUAGAGUCGGUGAUGUUCCAGAAGACAUCCAGAGACCUCAGACCAGUCGUCUGGAACAGAUGGUCGACGAAUCUACGUCCCGAAGCUCGCUACAAAGAUUGCAUACCAUUACUGGCUCACGGCUCGCGGCUCGCAUGAGGAGGGGCAUGAGAGACUCCGAGUCCCCUGAACCGAACAGACGACAUACCAUGUUCUUUCGCAGAAGAGACUCUGCCACAGGACCCCAACCUAACGUCCACGGCCUUGAUGGAGCGCAGAUGCCUGUGUUAGAGCAAGACCCUUCGGUCAACUUUCAGGGUCAACUGCACCCUGUCCUCAGCGGGUCUACACAGCUAAAUCAAUCGUCAGCAGUUCAACGAGCAAAUUACCAGGACGUUUUGCUUGAGGAGUCUUUACCUGACGCCCCGGACUGGCAGGAGGCUAUGCCCCCGACACAGAAUGGGACUUUCAAUCUGGACCAUUACCCAUACUCCAUCUCCUCGCCUAAUCUUCAGGUCUCGACCCUUCAACAUGAUGCCCCCGAGGCGGUGCAUGGGAGUCGACAACGUUCCACCUACUACCGAGGAGCAGAUCGGCGCUCUCAUUCUCAGAAUGUCCGGCUCCCGCCUGGGGGUAUUCCACCGCUGAACCGCCGGGCAUCAACCGACCCCACACUAUCUACCAGUUCACAAGCGGCUGCACAUGAUCUGUGGCGGAGACGCAUUGAAGAGUGGAACGAGCAGACCAUCUACGAGAGAAACAAACGCAGAAGCAAAUGUAUAGUGAUGUAGGAAGAUUGCCAUUAUGUUGCGUGGGUUAGACUGUUUAGGCUUUUGGCUCCGGAUGUUUCUUUUUUUUCUUUUUUUUUUUUUUUACUUAGCUCAU